AUGUGUAAAGGCUUCCUACUUAUUUUGACAUGCACUGCAAGUAUUUCAAGCAUUGUGACGCAUCCAUUUCAUUCUGCAAGGAUAGAAGUUGCAGUUGAUGAUAUGUCUGAGAGGGACAACAAUUUGUAUCUUGUUAUUUUAAAUGGACAAGAAGAUAGCAAUAGAAACAUAAAGACAUCUGAACACGAUAACAAUUACUACGAGGUCCCUAUGAAACUCCUUUAUAACCGUCGAAAUCUUCGGCCUCAUGUGGAAAUAGGUCCGGGGGUGUUUAAAUCGGAUAUAGUGCAGUACCCAGCUGACGACUUGAAGAACCGGCUGCAAUACCUAAUGAAACUUAAAGAAAAGCUCGAAAGUCGCACCUAA